AUGGGACUGUUGGUGUUUAUGCGUAACCUGCUGCUAGCCCUCUGCCUCUUUUUGGUACUGGGAUUUCUCUACUAUUCUGCGUGGAAGUUGCACCUUCUCAGAUGGGAGGAUUCAAAUUCAGUGGUUCUUUCCUUUGACUCCGUUGGACAUACAAUAGGCUCAGAGUAUGACAAACUGGGCUUUCUCCUGAAUCUGGACUCAAAAUUGCCUCCAGAACUGAUAUCAAAGUAUGCAAAUUUUUCUGAGGGAGUGUGCAAGCCUGGUUAUGCAUCAGCGCUCAUGACUGUCAUCUUCCCAAAGUUCUCGAAGCCGGCACCAAUGUUCUUGGAUGAUUCCUUCAGGAAAUGGGCACGUAUCAGGGACUUUGUACCACCCUUUGGAAUUAAAGGACAAGAUAAUCUCAUCAAAGCCAUCCUGUCAGCAACCAAAGAUUACCGUCUAACUCCAGCUCUUGACAGUCUCAGCUGCCGACGAUGUAUUAUUGUGGGAAAUGGUGGAGUACUUGCAAAUAAGUCGUUGGGGUUAAAAAUCGAUGACUAUGAUGUUGUCGUCAGGCUGAACUCGGCUCCAGUGAAGGGCUUUGAAAAAGAUGUGGGUGGCAAGACAACUCUCCGGAUCACAUAUCCUGAAGGUGCAAUCCAGAAAAUGGAGCAGUAUGAGAAGGAUUCCCUGUUUGUUCUGGCGGGAUUCAAAUGGCAGGAUUUCAAGUGGCUGAAGUACAUUGUUUACAAGGAGAAAGUG